AUGAAUCGACCUCCACGACCUCCACGACGUCCACAGCCGCAGCCUGGAAAUUUGAACAUGACUAACUUGGCACAAGUUAUGAUCAAUGGGACUAUCAGCAUUUUUGAUCAGUCUCUUACGUCAGAUAUAAAUGCUAAUAACACCACAAGAGUACUCAUGGACUCCUAUCCUUUUGUUGCAACUGUGUUACCUGCAUUUGCAGUUGCUGCAGUUAUUGUUAAUAAUAAAAUGAAUCGACCUCCACGACCUCCACGACGUCCACAGCCGCAGCCUGGAAAUUUGAACAUGACUAACUUGGCACAAGUUAUGAUCAAUGGGACUAUCAGCAUUUUUGAUCAGUCUCUUACGUCAGAUAUAAAUGCUAAUAACACCACAAGAGUACUCAUGGACUCCUAUCGUUAG